CUUUGUUGUUAAUUGUUGUUGCAGAAAAUAUGCAAGUCUAGAUUGUGCAAGAUGCGGAUGACACAGUCAGAAACAGCAAUGACCAAUGUUCUCAGAGAGGUUUCAAUAAUGAAGAUGUUGGAUCAUCCAAACAUAGUCAACCUUGUGGAAGUAAUAGAUGACCAAAGAUCUGAUUACCUCUAUAUGGUUCUUGAGUAUGUGGAAGGUAAUCAUAUAAGAAACCUUUCUGAAAUCCAAGGACACAUUGAUGAGACAGCUGCAAGGAGAUACUUCAAAGAUAUAAUUGCAGGUCUCAUUUAUUUGCAUAGUCAUAAUAUCGUGCAUGGUGAUAUAAAGCCCGAAAAUCUUCUGCUCACAAAAGGGGGAAGUGUGAAAAUUGGUGAUUUCAGUGUGAGUCAGGCUUUUGAGGAUGACAAUGAUGAGCUGUGGAGAUGCCCUGGAACUCCAGCUUUUACUCCACCUGAGUGCUGCUUGAGUAUGUACAUUAGUUUGAUUCAUAUGGUUUUUUCAUUACAAGUAUUACUUUUAAGAAACUUUACCAUGAACAGUCUAAAAUUUUUUUGAGGAUAAAC